GCCACACAGAAGCACCAACCCUCUCCUGAGCUCACAUUCCCCCCUUCAGCAUCCACACUACAAGACGAGCAGAUAGAGCACAGAGACAAGAGGAGAAGACACAUCUAAUAUGUUCUGAAGCUGGAUAUCUCUUUUGCUUUUAAAUGUGUAUGGUCAUAUUUGCUCCGCUUUUUGCCAUCUUUGCAUUUGCAACAUGUGGAGGCUACUCUGGGCAACUGCGGGUUAGUGUGGACUGCAUCAACAAGUCCGACAGCAACCUCAGUAUUGGCAUCAACUUUGCUUACCCAUUCAGGUUGAACCGGGUGGAAUUUGACGUGCCGAUGUGUGAGGGAAGGAGGCAAGAGCGGCUUUACCUGAUCGGAGACUUUUCCUCCUCCGCCGAGUUCUUCGUCACCAUUGCUGUCUUUUCUUUUCUGUACUCCCUGCUGGCCACUGUGGUCUACAUCUUUUUUCAGAACAAGUACCGCGAAAACAACCGUGGACCUCUCAUUGACUUCAUAGUGACGGUGGUGUUCUCAUUUAUGUGGCUAGUGAGUUCAUCUGCAUGGGCGAAAGGACUUUCGGAUGUAAAAGCGGCAACUGAUCCAGAUGAGGUGGUUUUGCUCAUGUCUGCAUGUAAGGUGCAGACCAACAAGUGCAGCUCCGUGUAUGGACCCAGGUGGUCUGGCCUAAACACAUCUGUGGUAUUCGGUUAUUUGAACUUCGUGCUGUGGGCUGGAAACAUCUGGUUUGUGUUUAAAGAGACUGGAUGGCACAAGGGAGGCGCAGCAAGGUACCCUGCAUCGUCCUCAGAAAAACAAGCCACGGCCUUCAACCAGCAGGUCUACAACCAGGGAAGCUUUGAUCAAUCAGGAGGUGCUUUUACCGGAACGGGGGACUUCGCCCAAUCAGAGUACAGCCAGGUGGGAAAUUAUGGUGGGCCCAUCUCCUACACCAAUCAGUAACACCCUCGGCCUCUUCAUAAUCCCCUAAUACAAGGGACCCAUUUCUAAAGGGCAAAGUUCAACACUGAGCACAAGAGAAGAAGGAAAAGAUUAGUUUAACAGAUUAAAAUGCAUCCUUUAUUUCUGAUUAUAUAAAUAAAUAAAGGCUUGUUUGUCCAGAAUACUAAUAUGACAGGGAUCCUCAGAUGUAUUAUAUGGUUUUUGACUUUACCUGCUUAUAAAUGUUACUGGAAUAUCACUGUUUACUGAACAAAGGUCAUUACAUCCAAAUGUGAAACCUAAUGCAAUAGUUCUACUCUCCAUCGGUUUUAAUGGAGAUCUGAAGGAUUUAGGAAAAAUGAAGAGUUUACCAAAGUGACAUUACGUCACUAUGACCAAACGUUUUUAGACACAGUCCAUUUGUAAUCUAAAUAGUAUUUCUGCUUCAUUUGAAACUGAACCGGCUCUUUCCACAACUUUAAAAUGAUUCCUAUUCAUCAAAUGCUUCAUCAGAGGUUUUUCAGGUGUGUAGGCGCCCUUGAAGUCAACAUGAAUUAAUGUUUGCAACCUAUUUCACUUCCAUAAUGUGAUAUAUUUGACAUAAUGGAGCCAUAACGAAUAUGAAGUUGCUAAAACAGUAGCUUAUUCAGUCAUUGGCUAACACAAUCCACUAUUCAUGGACAAAGGAAAGUCAUUUCAGAGACGGAACAAGGUUACAAAGACAAACUUUUUUCAAAAUGUUCUUUUAAAUAACAUUCAAAGAUGAAUCAUCUAUGAAAUAUGGAAGCCUGUUUCUGCCACUGAAUAAAAAAAAUAAUAAUAAUUGCAACUUUUUAUCUCACAAUUACUUUUUUUUCACACAAUUACGAGUUUACAUAUCACAAUUCUGACCUUUUUUCUAAGAACUGCAUGAUACAAAUUGGCAAUUCUUACUUUUUACUUAGAAUUGAGAUAUAAACUCGCAAUACUGAGGCAUAAACUUGCAAUUCUGAGAAAUAAAGUCAAAACUGUGUGAUAUAAACUUGCAUCUGUGAGUUAAGUCAGAAUUGUGAAAUAUAAACUUGCAAUUCUGAGAAUAUAGUCUGUUUCCCCUGAAAAUUUGACUUUAUUACACCAAAUUUGAGUUUAUAUUUCACAAUUCUGGAAAAAAAAGUCAGAAUUGUGAGAUGUAAACUCCCAUUUGCAACAAAAAUGUCAGUUCUGACUUUAUUUCUCACAAUUGUGAGUUGGCGUCAUGCAAUUCUGAGAAAAAAGUUCAAAAUUGAGUUUAUAUCUCACAAAUAUCACAUAGUUCUGACUUUAUUUCUCACAAUUGAGAGAUUAUAUCUCACAAUUCUUAGAAAAAAGUCAUAACUGCAAGUUUGUAUCAUGCAAUUCUGAGGGAAAAAAGUCAGAAUUCUGAGAUAAAAAAGUUGCAAUAACCUUUUUUUUUUAUUCAGUGGUGGAAACAGGCUUCCAUAGCAAUAAUAGCAUGAAUGUGCAUUAAGAAAGUAAAUUUGUUCUGUUUUGAUUUCAUGUUGACUUUUAAAGGUAUAGUUCACCCAAAAAUUAACAUUUCCUGAAAAUGUACUCAUCCUCAGGCCAUCCAAGAUGUAGAUGAGUCAGUUUGGAGAAAUUUAGCAUUAUUUAGAAGUGAAUGGGUGCCGUCACAAAUCAGCUGACAAAAACAUCACAAGUAACCCACACAACUUCAAUCCAUCAAGUAAUGUCUUGGGAAACAAGCAAACCCAUAUUUUAGAUAAAUGUAACUUAAAACCGUUGAUUCCAGCUAAAAUAUCCUCACUCUAAAAGUCGUCCCGUCUGAAUCAAGAGAGAAAUAUGCACAGAUCAAGCACUGUUUACAAAUGAAAACAGUUUGAAACAAAUACGUCAGUGGAUUUUGAUGUGAUAGGAGAUGGACUUGAGUUGUGUGGAUUUCUUGUGGUUUAUUGUGAUGUUUUUAUCAGCUGCUUGACGGGUGACGGCACCCAUUCACUGCAGAGGAUCCAAUCGUGUACAUUUUCAGAAUAGUUUUAUUUUCUGGUGAACUGUUCCUUCAAGUGUACCAGUCCUAAUGGUAAACACCUAGAUUAGGUGAUGCAGGUGUUUGUAGUUUACAGUAUAUAAGAGAGAUUUGUUUUCAUUUGUUAGUAUUGAUGUUAAAUGACUGUUUUUCGGGUUUCCCCAGAAUAAUGUCAUGCUAGUGCUCGUUGGUUUGGUGUUUGCACUGCUGUGUUUCCACAUUUAUAUGACUCCUUAAUGUUUGCACUGUACUGAUGAACUGCAUGAAGUUGUGCCAUAUUAACGUUUUGUUUCAGUUUGUAUUUCUCUUCUUACUAACAGGGUCAUGUCAUCUGUUCUGUGACCUUUAUUAUGAUCACAAGGUGAUUGAAAUACAAUCAACACUUAAUUAUCUUAUCUUCUUCCUCAUCUGUUACUUUUAAAUGCAUGAGGCUUUAUUAACCACAAAGACUAUAAAAAAACAUUUCAGUACGUUAAUGUUCUUGUUCUGAUUGCUGUUGCAUUUCAAUGUGAAUGGGUUUAUGUCUUGAUAUACAGUAUUUGCAUUUUCGAUCAGUGGGUGUGAAUGCUUUGAUGCAUUUUGUGCAAAGCCAAUAAAGAUAUUGUA